GGGGUGAAGAUAACCAUGGUAACCCAGGCGCCGGGACACCUCGCAGCCUCCCUCAUCUCCCUCACCCACACAUCAUAACACCAUCAUCAGUAACCACCUCUCAUUGGCACCCUACCCACUGUAUAGCAUCUGUACGGGCAAAGUAUAUAUAUAUAAAUAUAUAUACUGUAUUCUGCAUGCAUCAUGACUACUACUUUUUUGGACAUAAGCAAGACCAUGGGCAAGUUGUUCGCCCGAGUAACGUUUAUCCCAUCACUGGUGUUCAAUGUUUUUAUGGAGAGAGUGUCAUCACGCCGUUGGUUUGAUUAUAUUGAUGAGCGAGUAAUCCUUGGAGCGCUGCCCUUCAAAACCAUGACAAAGCAGCUUGUGGAAGAAGAGAAAGUCUGUGGAGUAAUAUCUAUGAAUGAAGAUUAUGAACUAAAAUGGCUAUCCAAUAUGAAGAGGGACUGGGCAAGUGUUGGUGUCAGCUUUCUUCAGCUUAGUACAACUGAUAUAUUUGAAGCUCCUUGUCAAGAGAAACUUAAGAAAGGAGUAGAGUUCAUCCAAGAUUUUGACUCUCGUAACGUUGAUGGCCGCGUAUAUGUUCACUGUAAGGCUGGAAGGACGAGGAGUGCUACGCUUGUUGCAUGCUACUUGAUGGCUAAACACAACUUGACACCUGAGGCUGCUGUUGCUCAAAUGCUAGCUGUGCGUUCCCACAUCUGGCUUGGACCAAAACAGUAUGAUGCUCUUCAUACAUACCAUUUAGCUUUGCAAGAGAGAUAAUAUAUGAAACAUCUCAUAAACUAAGGUCUUUCAUCUGCAUAUUUAUGUGUGACAGUAGUCUGUUUUCUUAAAUAUUUUAUUAAGAUGAAUGAUAGUACUAUAUUUAUCAUUAAAACUUAAGUGUGCAUAUUAUGUUUGGUUUGUUCAAGCUGUGAGUUAUUUUUUAAAGUAACAAUAAAUAUCAAUUAGUUUACACAGCUACAUUUGCUGCAUUAUCUUGCACAGUACUUUUCCAAUGUGAACCAUGUUUCUUAAGAACUUGUAGGAAAAAUAGAUGGUUACCUGGAGUCUUCCUGCUGGAAAAAUUAGUCAUCAGAAGAGAGAGAGACUAUUGUAAUUUACUAAUAAUUAACCUCUAACAUGCAGCUAUGGACUUGGACACAUCUGCAUGUGCAAAAAUAAAACAAAAAUACAAAAUAUUUUUUCCUCGUAGAAUUUAUUAAUUUGGAUGCACAAGCUAUAGAAAAGUGUAAAGAAACUGAAUAUCUACAUUGUAACCAGUUUUGUGCACAGAAAGGUAGAGUGCUUAGCAGCCCAGCUCCAUAUGUUAGUGCAAGAGCUCACUGUCAGCAAAAUACACUGUCCGAGUAAGACACCUCAACGUUGACUUUGGAUUUCUAGAUGAGCAAAAUAAAUAAAAAUAAAUAAAUAUAUAUAUAUAUAUA